AUGUGCUACUCGAAGAAACAUGCCGUCAAGAAUCCAAAUAACACGAAUGAACCUCAGUCCGAUAACGAAUUUACUCCGGUUACUGAUCGAUUGGAGGGAAUUAUUCGUGAAGUUCAACAGGAACGCUCUGGUCGUGGCAAUCAAGACACACCAGGACCUCCUGAUCCAGACGACUCG